AUGGAUAUGGGCGAGGCCGACGAAGUUAAACUCGUAGCAAAUCCAAAGCCGCAAAUCUCAGAGCGUCGCCGCUUGCAGAACCGCAUUGCCCAACGCAAGUUCAGGGAGAGAAAAGCUCAGAGCAAAAGAUUAGAGACCGAAUUCGAGUUUGAUGUAUGGAGCGGCCCCCCUUACAACGCUGCAGACAUUGGCUGCCCUUUCGAGCUGGGCAGCACAGAGUGCGCCGCUGACGGCGCCGUAGGUCUCUUCACCGGAGCACCGUGUCCACCACCAGGAACAGAAAUCGAGGGGUAUACGGCGUACCCGGAGGCACUCGAUAGUGCUCAGUACCCGGAAUACUGCGCUCUCCCAGUUCCGUUUUCCCCCGAUGUAGCGCCCUCCACCAUCGCUUCGCCGCCGUCGCUCAACAACAGCAGCUCGACGGUUGCGUCUCUAUCCAGCUACCCAACGCCCCCGACGCCCCUAAUAGCGAGCGGCGUCCUCACUCCAGUUACCAGCAGCGGCAGCCCCAUUCACCCACUGCCGCUGGGCAGCCUCGGUGCGAGCAUAACACCAACAACCACACCAACAACACCAAUAACACCACCAACCGCAACGAGCACCACGUGCACCCUCCCUCCAACCCCGGUCCUAACACCCAGCCCAGCAGCAGGCUACAACGACCUUAACGCGUCCCUCACCACCACCGCCUCGACCGCCUCUUCCUUCCAACAACCAUCAUCAACUCUACAUACUUCCCAGCCCACCGCUACCACCACCACCACCACCACCACAACCAGCAGCAGCAGCAGCACACCCAUCAGCCCUACUACUAGUGUACAAGUACCUCCCCUCCUGCACGUCGCAGCCCGCACCCGCAACCGCAGUAUCAUGGCGUCGCUCCUCAAGCACGGCGCGCCCCCCGACGAGCGCGACGCCGCGACGGGCCGCACGGCGCUGCACGUGGCGGCCGAGCUGGGCGACGUGGCGCUGGUAACGCUGCUGCUGCGGUACGGCGCCGACGCGCACGCAACCGACGUCGUGGGGGCCACGCCGCUGUUCUUGGCCGUGUCGGCCGGGCAGGGCGAGGUUGUUGAGUUGUUGCUUGAGAGUAUGAGGGGGCAAAGGUGACUUGGUGAGUCUUCGUGGUGUUUGCGUUUGAUUACGGCAAGG